AUCCCGGGGUAGUAUCCGGUACCACCGGACCGGACCGGACCGGCUGCCUGUGUCGGUGUCUGUGGCUCUCAGAGAGUUGAAGAUCCGCAGAUCGCGCCGAUGAUGUUGUCUGAUUAGUCAGAUUAUCUGCAGAUCCGUCCUCCCCUUUGAUCAGUUGUUUAUUGUGUCCUGUAGCAGCGUUCCAGCAAAUAUGAAGAUGAGUCACUUUUCAUUUGAGAAAUAGCCUCAGUUACUCAGAUGAUUAGUAUGUGUGCUGCCGACUGAUGACAGUAGUUCUGGACAACUUGACAGAUUGUGCAUCAUCUCUUAAGAGUUUUCAGGAGAGUUCUGAGUCUGCAGCUGGUCAGCUGCUGUCCAACUGUGUCUCUGAGGGAGUGGUAACUGAGGAGGAGGUAGCUUCUCUCCAAGACUCGGUCUUGUCUUCUCACCUGUAUGAAACUGAUAAGCACGUAAAAGCAACGCAAGAGCUGGACCAGCUGCGCCUGCAGGUGGAGCUGUUGCGGCUGGAGCAGAAGAGUGCAGAUGUUGCUCACAGGUUCCACCUCAUUCGCAGGUUCCAGGAGAUCCAGAUGUUUAACGAACACCUGCAGCAGGUCCUGAAAAACCACAAAAAGCUGAGAGAGCGACUGAUGCAACCGGUCACCGGAAACAAGCUGCCCAUCCCCAGUCACUUGCACAGGUCUGUGGUGGAGGUCUUCGACUUGAUGCUUGAGUUCAUUGUCAAUCUGGAGGACAAGCUAAGCUCCACCCACGCACAGGAGUCCAUAAAUGAACACCAGAGCCUGUUGUACCGCUCUGUGGACCAGCUCUCCUUUAUAGGUGUACAGACAGAAAAUCUGGCCAAUCAGCUUCUGGAGGGGAAGAUUUCUGCUCAUCAUUGUCUUCAUUAAGUGGAUGACCUCUGACCUUUGCCCUCAUCACUGUGGCCUCUAACAUUCCUGUAGUUUCUUAUUCUGUAUUCUGUGUAAUAAAAUGAGAUU